GCCCCGCCCCCCGCGCGCGGCGCGCAGGCGCGGCGGGAGGGCGGGGGGCCGGCGAUGAGCGUCCUGCUGCCCAACAUGGCGGACUUCGACACGAUCUACGAGCUGGAGGAGGAGGACGAGGAGCAGGACGAGCCCGAGCCCGUGGUGCGCAGCCAGGAGCUGCCGCGGCCCCGCGACGCGCCCGACCCCGUGGCGGUGCGGGGCGCCGGGCACAUCACCGUGUUUGGCUUGAGCAACAAGUUUGAUACAGAAUUUCCUUCUGUUCUGACAGGGAAGGUGGCCCCCGAGGAGUUCAAGACCAGCAUCAGCAGAGUGAACGCCUGUCUGAGGAAGAACCUCCCUGUCAACGUCAAGUGGCUGCUGUGUGGCUGCCUGUGCUGCUGCUGCACCCUGGGCUGCAGCCUCUGGCCUGUAGUCUGUCUUAACAAAAGAACUAGAAGAUCAAUCCAGAAGUUAUUAGAAUGGGAAAAUAACAGACUAUAUCAUAAGCUUGGUUUGCACUGGAAGCUGAGUAAAAGGAAAUGUGAAACUAGCAAUAUGAUGGAAUAUGUAAUAUUAAUAGAGUUCUUACCAAAAUAUCCCAUAUUUCGACCUGACUGAGGAACAACAUUGGUCUUUUAUGUUACCUGUCAUUUUCUACCCUUAGUGCCUUGUAGAUGAUUUUGGAAAGAAGAUGGUCUACUUUGCUGUGACUUAAAAUGUUCUUCAGUAGAAUAUCUUCCUCGCUGUUACUUUCUUUUGUUAAGAAGAGAACAAUUUGCACAUUUUUUUAUGUUAAACGAGGCUUCUAUGUUGCACUCUGAAUUUUUAACAUAAUAACUCAUAGAGUUGCCACUAGGGAUCUGACAUCAGUGCUGCUUCAACUUGUUCUGAGCAUGCUGCCUUAUUCAUUUCUCAAUUAUUUGCUGUCCUCAAAACGUGCAUCCUAAGGCUGUGUCAUCCUCUGCUCCAUCCUAAAUGUCUCGAUCCUAGAACCCCUCAGUAGGAAUGUCCAGGUAAUUGUCUCGUAGUGAUGAUUUAGUAUAACCUGCUUGCAUAGGACUUGCAAUCAACAGCACUGGGUUUGUCCUGCACUUUGCAAAAUCAUCAUCGACAUUAGUUUACCCACUCUGGAUUUGUAAAUAUAGACUCUUUGCAUAAUGUCAAGUGUGGUAUGCCAAGGUUUACAGAAUGUAUUAUAGCUCUUACUCUCUUGCCAACAAUCCCCCAGUUCCAUUUGCUCGUGUCCCCUGGACUGUACAGACCCCCCCCCCCCCGUGGUUUUCUGGGGAAGCCAUGAGGAGUUUGGACGUACUUUCAGAUGUGUAGGGCUCAGUUGCACUUUGUUUAGUAAAUGGAUGAAAAAUGCAGAGCAUUCCUGUCUGUCUUUUUAUUUGAAAAAAAGCCUUUCAGGUGGUGUUUGCAGCACCUGAAAGAGGAAGCUGGAAUCUGUUCACCUCUCAAAAAGCUGCAUUUGUGGGUUAGGUGGCAGCUGCUCUUAACAAAAAAUACCCUAAAGUCUCUUUUUGAGUUAGGAACAUUUGGAUGUCAGGUUUUGUUUUGAAGUAAGGGGGAAAAAAAAAGUCUCGUAAUUGGAGAUCUUCAUUCCUAAGGAGAAAAAUCUGGAAGAGCCAAAUCAAAGCUGGAGUACCACCUCUGUUGCUGUAGUGUGAUUGUGCUUCAGCAUUUUAACAGUUAAUAAGUGACAUGACAUCCUUUCCAGUGGAAAUGAAUUUUAUCUAAACCAGUGGCAUUUCCAAACAUGCCGAGGGAGGAAGAGGAGCAGCUGAAAGGGCUCCUGCAGAUAUUCUGGCAGUCAGGCAGUGUCUGCACAGCCACAAAUGCCUUGUGGAAUUCAGGAUUAUUUCGGAUACUUCCCUGUUUGCCUGAUCUCAGGAAGGGAAGUGAUUGUAGAAGAACUUCCUGGAAUGACUGACCUAAGCAAGACCAUUCAAUAACAGAAAGCAAAUGCAGAUUGGUGAGAACUUUCUCCCUUUCCUGACAACAGAUAAUUAAAACCAGCAGAUGGCCGAGUAUCUGCAAGUUGGGAUGAAUAUUA